GAGAAGGGGGGAAACCAAAUAGCGUAAAAAGAAACCAAAAUUUUCAAUCUCCCUCCCACUAAAGACAGCUUGGUCGCGUUGGAUUUACGCGCUACCCACCCCCCUUCACGCAAAUUGCCUCCUUAUUACCUCAGCGCCUCUCUCUAUUUUCCGCCAUUGUCUCUCUUCCUCCUCCAAUUCAAAUAACCAACCCUUAAAAUCGAUAAACAAUGAGGAAAGGUACGAAGAGAAAGGCUAGAGAAGUAGGAGGCAAAAAAGGCAAGUCCAAGGAAGAGGAGAAGGCUAGUAGCCAAGAACAAACCGCAACCACCGAGGAAACGACCAACAAGAAUGGUGAGCCCGCCCAAGCCCAAGCCCAAACCCAAACCCAAUCAGCUGCGGAGCAAAGCGAAUCUGUUCAGAAAGAAGAGCCUAAGAACAAUGACAAAGAAGGAGAGCCUAGCAAAGAUGUUAAGCGCGGAGCUAAACGAGCCAAGAUUGCUAAGCCUCAGACUGGGACUGAGUACUUCCCUGAUAAGCGUAAUUUGGAAGAUCUAUGGCAAGAGGUUUUUCCUGUUGGCACAGAGUGGGAUCAGAUAGACAUGGUUUACCAAUACAAAUGGAAUUUCUCGAAUCUCGAAGAUGCAUUUGAAGAAGGCGGAGAAUUGCAUGGAAAGAAAGUCUAUCUUUUUGGUUGUACUGAACCACAAUUGGUUUAUUUUCAGGGCCAAUCAAAAGUGACGUGUAUACCUGUUGUGGUUGCU